AUGGCGGCGGCAGGUCCGAGUACUAGGGCCUCUUCCGCGGCGGCAGCGGCAGCUCUGAGUCGGCGGAGCCGGCGGGGCCGCUGUGACGAGAUGGCGGCAGCCAAGACCGGGCCCCAAGGCUCGUCCUCUGGCCCCGCGCUGCUGGUGUUGCCGCAGCCGUUGCUUCAGUCACCACCGCGGCCGGAGGAGUCGGGCUGCGCCGGGUGCCUGAAGACCCCGGGGGAAGCGGCGGCCCUGCCUUGCGGCCACUCGCUGUGUCGAGGCUGCGCCCAACGCGCCGCCGACGCAGCGGGCCCGGGUUGCCCGCGCUGCCGCGCCCGCGGCCCGGGUUGGGCCCGCCGUCGGGCCCGCGACGACGGCCAGGCCAACGCGGAGGUGCUGGGCGAGCGCGCCCGCCGCGGCCAGCCGGAGCGCUGCCGCCCGCGCCGGGACGGGGGCGCGGCCGCCGCGAGGCCCAGGCCGGAGCAGGAGCCGCGCGCCGCGCCCGCGGAGCCAGAGUUUAUAUUCAGAACACCAAUCAAAUUAAGCAAGCCUGGGGAACUUCGUGAGGAAUAUGAAAGCCUGAGAAAGCUGAAAGAAGAAAAGUUACAAGAGGAGAAAACCUCCGAAGAUCAAAUCCACAAGCUGUUACCAGAGGAUACAGAAACAGGGAAGAGGAAAAUGGAUGAACAGAAAAAAAGAGAUGAACCAUUAGUACUGAAAACAAAUCUGGAACGUUGUCCUGCACGUCUCUCAGAUUCAGAGAAUGAAGAACCUUCCCGAGGCAAGAUGACACAGACACAUCGCUCCGCAUUUGUUUCUAAGAACAACUCCUACUCCUUAGCUUUCCUGGCAGGGAACCUAAAGGUAGAAAGGAGUCAGAGCUGCAGUGACACUGCUCAGGACAGAAUGAAGAGCAGACUCCGAGCAGCCCCAACCAGCAAAGCCAAGGUCACAACUAUAACCCCAACCUCCAAUCCCAUUAUUGGUGUCCUCUUGUCCACUCAGAACAACCGCUGCCUCUCUGCCCCUGACUUGACUAUUGAAAAGCGUCUGCCCUUCAGCUCCCUCUCAUCCUUGGCUUCACUGCACAAGCCUGAGCGCUCCAUCAGCCCAGAGAGCAAUGACAGCAUCUCUGAAGAACUCAACCAUUUCAAGCCCAUUGUGUGCUCACCAUGUACUCCUCCCAAGAGACUCCCUGAUGGCCGUGUGUUAAGUCCCCUCAUCAUCAAAUCAACACCUCGCAACCUAAAUAGAAGCCUACAGAAGCAGACUUCUUAUGAGGCCAGUCCACGGAUCCUUAAAAAGUGGGAACAGAUCUUUCAGGAGCGGCAGAUCAAAAAAACCCUUUCGAAAGCCACCCUCACUUCAUUGGCUCCAGAAACAGGGGAAGACUUGCUAGUCUCUGAAGUCAUCCAUUCUAGCAAGGAGAAGCCACUUCUGGCUUUAAAUACAAGAUUGUGCAGUGGGCAUGUGCUCUCUGAGUAUCCUGGACCCACCCCUGCGGACCUGGAUUAUUUCCCCUCUGUUAGCCAAACAAAAGCAGAACAGGUCAGUGACAGUAAAAGGAGCACUGAGAUCUCAUCGGAAACCUGCUGUUCUUCAGAAUUCGGAGUGGGAGCCAGUGGGACUUCUCUGGAGAGAGAGCAGUUUGAAGGGUCAGGGUCAACCCCAGAUGCCAAGUUAGACAAAGCUUGUAUAAGCACAGCCAUGAAAAUCUCGGCAGUUAAUUCGGUGUUGCCCAAAAACAGUGUUUUGGGUGGGGUCCUCAAAACAAAGAAACAGCUGAAGACGGUGAACCAUUUUGAUCUGCCUAAUGGUGUUCUGGCGGACAACCUAUGUGAGGAGCCGCUUCCUUCCUUGCGUCGGGGCCGAAAAAGACACUGUAAGACCAAGCAUUUGGAACAAAAUGGGUCCCUUAAGAGACUGCGACAAAACAGUGGUGAGGUGGGUCUGGCCCCAACAGACCCAGUCCUGCGAGAGAGGGAGCAGAAAUUGCGGCAAGAGGAAGAGGACAGGCAGCUGGCUCUGCAGCUGCAGCGCAUGUUUGACAGCGAGAGGCGGACUGUGAGUCGGCGAAAAGGAAGCGUGGAUCAGUAUCUCUUACGGUCCAGCAGCAUGGCCGGGGCCAAGUAGCACCUCGUGAACAGUGUUACCUGUUUUUAAGAGGUCUUUGGGCUUGAUCAUUGAUCCUGAAGAGCGGAGUGUUCCCAUUUUGGGUUUUUCUUCAUGGCAAAACAUCGAAAUGUGGUUCUGAGAGGUUCCAGGGCCUUUGUAGUCUAUAUCCAAGGGAACUGGGUCUCUGCCUCCCUGUGACCCAGGCCAGAAGCAGCCCCAACCCCCUAAGUAACCCAUGCCUGAGGGCUUCUGGGCCAAAUCUGGCAGCACCUACUUGGAAUGAGAUUCAAAAACAUAGUGGCCAGAGUUGAAAGUGGUAGAGGAAAGAGGGGAUACCUUCUCAAACCAAUAGAUCUCCUGACUUCUUUUAACAGGGUGUAUUUUUAAAUUGACCUUGCAGAUAAAAAUAAGUUCCAUCUUUUUCAAGGAAGUGGAACAGUAUAGUUCUUUGGCAGAUCCAAAAAAAUUAUGUUAGCCCUUCUCCUGACCCUUGCCACAAGUAAAUAUUCCUAAUGAAAUCAGUUGAGUUUAUGCUUCUAGAAAGCUAAUGAACAUUCCCUGUUAAAAAGUAACAUUUGAUUAAUGCUCUAUAGUUGACAGACCAUUUCAGUCAUUGUUUAACUUGGUCUUACCAGGAGACCUAACAUGUAAAUGGGAUUAACCCCAUUUUUAGAUGAUGAAACUGCAGUGCAGGUGUGCAGGUUCUCUCAACUAAGUGGCAUAGCCCAGACUGACCACUGGGUCUCCCAACAACAAAUCCCAUGGAUUUUCCACACUAACAGGUUGUUAUAAUGGACUACAACCCAAGGCCAUGCCAAGGGAGCCUAGGGAAAUCUGGCUAGGCAUUGAGAACCCAUUGUGUAAAAUCCACAUGCAGAUAAUUGAGAUAGAUGGGAACUGUAAACAUACGCUGUGCAGUUAGUCCCACCCUCACAGUUUACAGCCUUCUUUUUUCCAGGGUUCCACCCUGGGAGGUAAAGGACAGUUAGACCUCAUUAUUAUUCUUCACAUGGCCAAGGGUUAUCUGCAAUGUUGAUCUAAAGUCCAAAAACUUUGCCCAGAAGUCAGGCAAGAACAAUGCUGAAACUCCAUACUAUGGAAACAAGGUAUCUGCCUGGAUGCAGCUGGUAAAUUUAGUCCCAUGGACCUUUGGGGUUUAUAUUCCUUAGCAGCUGACACCAUGUGUCUUUUGCAUCCCUGGUGGUGCUUGGUGCUUCUGCCCAUCUGGGCUCAUUGAGAAUAGGGAUUAAGAUGUGAUUUUAGGGAAUCUCAGAUGGGCUGGCAUUCCCUGUGCAUGUAUGAGCUGUUACUAUAAAGUCAUGUGACUCGCAUUUAACAAACCUUUCAGAGCUUAUAUAUCCCAGUGUAUGUUGUCCCCCUUGAGUGACCCCAGCAGGAUACUGCAUAGUUUUUCCAGUGAUGUUGCCAUUGGUGAAAACAUUUCUGGAACUAUCCUCAAAGUAUAGAAACAUCUGGAAACAGACUCCUAAAAUGUUAGAACUGAAAGAGACCUUAAUGGUCAUCUAUUCCAACUUCUUCCUCUUAUUAAGGCAGAAGCUGAGGAUCCAGAACAAUGACUCAGUGAUCAAGGUCACUAGGGAUUUAUUCUGUCACCUUAUUUUCUUCUCUCAGGGGAUUUGCCUUCCUUCUCUGAGCAGAUCUGUAAUCUUUUGGGAUUAUAGGAGAGAGAAUUUUAAGUUUGAAAUUAGUCAGAAGCGGUUGAAACCUCUGGAAGAGAAGGUGGUAAACAAGAGGGUUUGGAGUCAUAAAUGAGGUACAGCCGUCAAAUUGUCAGAGCCAGUUUCUUGUGCAGCCCAUAAACAGUUCCCAGAGAGUUCCAGAGAUGAGCAUUUUGGUGAUCACUGAGCUAUGUGGAACCUCCUCACUGACUACUUUGGUGGGGAGUGUCACUCACCUGAAUGUCUGUAUUCUGGGUUCUCUGUGUCUGUGUGUGCACACGUGAAGAUGUGUGUUUAAAAACACAUCAGUCUUAUUACUUUAUAUUCACACCACUUCAGUUCUAGGCCCUACCAGCAACACAUGCCCUUCCAAGGUUGCUGGAGGGCACAUUGGUGCACAGGAUAGAAGAGUUGGCACUGGUCUGCAGAAGACAGAGGGUGACUUAUAAAUGCCCUUAGAGAAAAAACAGUUGCUGCCAUUUUAGAUAGUUCCUUUUCGAUCUUAGUAUUAUUGGGAGGCCUGUCUCAUUGGUAGUAGCAAAGACACUUAUUUUUCCACUUGCCAUCUUUUUCUAUAUCUCCAAUAAUUCGAAAAAUAAUUUCUGUUGGAACCAAUGUUUGUUUUUGGAGAAAAAAUAAAUAUUUUUAAUAGAAAAAAAAUAUAUUUUAAAUAUUCCCCCAGAGUAAUACUUUCAUUUUAAGAAAUUGCAUAGUAACAGCAACAAGUUUCAGCUUCAGGUGCAGAGUGAAAAGCUACUUCUUAAGAGAAUAUUCUGAAUCAUGGAUCCAGCUUACACACGUUCCUCCUUGGCCCUGCUGUGGGGCCUGCAGUGGUACUGACAGAUGUUGUUUUCCAUACUUCCAGCUGAGCAGUAGUCCUUCAAAUAUAGGCAAACCAGUUUAGGUUAAGGAGGGAUGAGGUGUAAUUUUUAAUCUGGUUGGCUUUGGAGGAGGUAAAAACCACUAAGGUAUUAUCUGUAUUUUAAGAUGCUCCCAUACUUAAUAACUAAAACCUGAACACUUUCUGAAAAAUUUCCCUCUACUGUUGCUUGAUUGUGCAGUUGGUCACAAAUGGAGUUGUUGACAUGAAUUAUUUGGAGAAAAAGAGAGAAAGACAAGAUAGGAAAAUAGAAUGAUUGGGAGGGUCUCUCAACUAGAAUGAGAGAUGCACUGUUUCACAAAGCAAAAGUAUCUCACAAAUCAUUGGAAUCUGAUUCACCAUAUGAAUUUCCCAUGUUCUACUAUUGUUGUUCCUUGUGUAUAUGCGCAUUCUUUGCUUUUUCUCAUUAAAGGGGAAGUUAUGAGAGCUUGGAGGAUGGAGGUCAUUCUGAUGGGAAAUUUAAGAAAUGUGGUACCCUGAGAAGGUGGGAAAGAUACUUUGGGAACAUGUUCAUGACUCUGUUGAUUGUAUCUGUUGGAAGAAAUCAUCUGGGCCUGUUGGGUCGGUGUCAAGUCAGCGAAGUGUGUAUCCAGCCCUUCCUUGGCCCCUUUCAUAUAAUUGCCUCUUUUUAAAAGGUUAAUUCUUCUUGGCUCAGGCUUCCCAGGAAAACCUUUUGUAAGUGGCUUCAUUUAUUAUUUUUAUUUAAUUUUAAAAAUUUUGCCUGGAGGUAGUGCUGGUGAUGAAUGCCUUCUCUCUCUGUUUUUUGUUCAUUUUCCCUAAAAUGCCCUUAAGAGAUUAAAGCUGCUUAAUUAAUUGCUGUAUGAUUAUAAACUGACAAGCUGACUAAAAUGGGAAGCUGCCACUGUGCUUGACUGGUGAAGCUGACGACUGAAGGCUGUGCAGUUCUCCUUUCUGUUCCAUUUGACAGAUAUUUCCGGAGCUUCGAACUUGUGCCUACUUUGUCCUGGGUCGUGGUGAUACAGAGAUGGAAAGGACAGUCUGCUCUUGUGGAGCUCAGUGUCUAAUGGAAUGUACAUGAAUGUAUAUGUGGCUGGAGAGUUUGUUAGUGGUCUUAUGAAAGGCCACUUCUUUCAUCAUCAUGAUCUUGCUUGGAUUGUCCCAUUCAAAAUACUGUCUAGCACCAAGCAGGCUGCCUUGAACAUUUUAGAUAUUCACAUCAGUAUUUGUGAAUUUGAUUGCAACACUGCUUUCCAUUCCUAAGUAAUUUUCCCAGAAGAGAAUGAAUUUUAUCCUCCAGGAUUAUAGUACAAUAAGAUCUCUUCAGAAGCUGCUUUUAGCAUAAGCCCCAUGAAAUGAAGCAGGCCGUGGAUCACUGGUAUGUUCAGAGGCCACAUCUCAACUUAGUAACCUCCCAACUGCUCCCCCGUCAGCCCUCUUGACUGCGGCUGGCAGUUACAUGGGGUUUCUUUUCUUUUCCUGCCUGGCUUCUCAUUGAGAUGAAAGGCCAGCAGGAGGAGAAGGAAAGAAAAAUUGAAGGCUGGAUCAUAAUCAUAAAAUAUUAUAUAGCUGGAAUAGGCAUGGAAAUCAUCCAAGUCAUGCUCCCCCCUUGCUAUCCCUCCUCUUUUUUAA